AUGGAGGAGUCAGGUACAGGCAAUAGGGAUUCGAAGAAAGCCCGUACUGAUGAAUCCAAAGCCGUGCCAUUGUCAAAGGUGGAUUUAGAGCAACGGGAUGAGAUGGUGCAACUGUACAAGCUUCAAAUGCCAGAGGACCUGUACCACUUCUGGGAUUUCUGCAAGGAGCUUUGUCCUGACAACCCCCGUGGUGCACUGACAGACGCACUGGGUUUGCAGCUGGUUGGUCCCUUUGACAUUCUGGCUGGAGCUCACAAAAAGUCAAAGAAUCCUCAGCCUAACUUCCAUCUUCACUGGAGGUAUAUUUAUGACCCACCAGAGUUUCAGACCAUACUUCAGGGGAGUGAGGACAGCCAGCAUCACAUUGGCUAUUACAGAGAUACUCCAGACUCCCUCCCUUCGUUUGUCGGGGAAAAUGAAGCCAAGAAGGGCUGCACUAUAACACAGAUGGGGGACAACUUGUUUGCUGCUGUCCUCCUGUGUCUGUUGAGGAAGAGGAAAGAGAGGGGCAGCAAGAAAGCAGGGGGAGAAGCUUCAGAAAGCUUGGAGGCAAAACUGAGAGAGAGGGCUGAGACUCUGGGUUUGUGUCUAGAGCAGAAGACCAAAGGCAUGAAGCAGAGGGACAAGAAGGUGGUUACCAAGACGUUCCACGGUGCCGGCAUUGUUGUGCCUGUAGACAAAAAUGAUGUAGGAUACAGAGAACUGCCAGAAACGGAUGCUGGUCUCAAAAAGAUCUGCAAGGCAAUUGCUGAAGCGCAGAAUGAUGAAGAGCGUGUCAAAGCCUUUGGACCUCUCCAGGAGAUGAUCACGUUCGUUCAGUUUGCCAACGAUGAGUGUGACUAUGGCAUGGGUUAUGAGCUAGGAAUAGACCUCUUCUGUUACGGAUCUCAUUAUUUUCACAAGGUAAUCAAGCAACUUCUGCCUAUGGCCUACAGCUUGCUGAAGAGAAAUUUAUUUGGGGAAAUUGUGGAGGCCCACCUCUCCAGCCGUAGCCAUGAUAACCUGGACCAACUCUCUGCACAUUAAAAAAAAAAGACUCCGAAGUUCAUUUCAGUUCUUGUUCUUAUAAGCUUUUCCCACCAUGUGGUUUGUCUUCUGUUGUUUGUCAUUGUUAAUGUUUCUUGGUGGUUUUGGUGCUGCUGUCAUUGAUUGGAACCAGUUCAAUGAUAUUUUGUUUGUAAAAG